AUGUAUGAAAGAGUGGGCCAGAACAGCUCAGAGCUUCCCUGUGGUCAGUCUGCCCAGCAGCAUGAAACACACCUGGACUCCAUAUUUAUGCUGCUGGAGGACAAUAUCAUCCUUUUUGUAAAGAAUGAGCUGAAGAAGAUCCAGAAGGUUCUGAGUCCAGAUUACCCAGAAUGCGUAGAGAAUAAGAUUGUGAAUGAGGAGGUUUUGAAGGGUGAGGAUGAUGAGCAGCAGAGCAGCAGAGAAGCAUUUGUGAAGAUCACAUUGCACUUCCUAAGGAAACUGAAGCAGGAGGAGCUGGCUGACCGUCUGCAGAGCAAACAUGUUGCAGCAAUUUGUAAGUGUAAACUUAAAACGAAGUUGAAGAAGAAGUUCCAGUGUGUGUUUGAGGGGAUUGCUAAAGAAGGAAACCCAACCCUUCUGAAUCAGAUCUACACAGAGCUCUACAUCACAGAGGGAGGAACUGCAGAGGUCAAUGAUGAACAUGAGGUCAGAAAGACUGAAACAGCAUGCUGGAAACCAGAUAGACCAGAAACAACAAUCAGACAAGAAGACAUCUUUAAAGCCUCAACUGGAAGAGAUGAACCAAUCAGAACAGUGCUGACAAAGGGAGUGGCUGGCAUUGGGAAAACAGUCUUAACAAAGAAAUACACCCUCGACUGGGCUGAAGACAAAGCCGACCAGGACAUCCAGUUCAUAUUUCCAUUCCCUUUCAGGGAAAUGAAUAUACUAAAAGAGAAAAAGUUCAGCCUGGUGGAACUUGUUCAUCACUUCUUUACUGAAACCAAAGAAGCAGGAAUCUGCAGCUUUGAAGACUUCCAGGUUGUGUUCAUUUUUGAUGGUCUAGAUGAGUGUCAACUGCCUCUGGACUUCCACAAAACUGAAAUCCUAACUGACCCUAGAAAGUCCACCUCAGUGGAUGUGCUACUGACCAACCUCAUCAGGGGGAAACUGCUUCCCUCUGCUCACCUCUGGAUAACCACACGGCCUGCAGCAGCCAGUCAGAUCCCUCCUGACUGUGUUGACAUGGUGACAGAGGUCAGAGGGUUCACUGACCCACAGAAGGAGGAGUACUUCAUGAAGAGAUUCAGAGAUAAGGAGCAGGCCAGCAGGAUCAUCUCCCACAUCAAGACCUCACGAAGCCUCCACAUCAUGUGCCACAUCCCAGUCUUCUGCUGGAUCACAGCUACAGUUCUGGAGGAUGUGCUGAAAACCAGAGAGGGAGGACAGCUACCCAAGACCCUGACUGAGAUGUACAUCCACUUCCUGGUGGUUCAGGCCAAAGUGACGAAGGUCAAGUAUGAUGGAGGAGCUGAGACAGAUCCACACUGGAGUCCAGAGAGCAGGAAGAUGAUUAAGUCUCUGGGAAAACUGUCUUUUCAUCAGCUGCAGAAAGGAAACCUGAUCUUCUAUGAAUCAGACCUGACAGAGUGUGACAUCGAUAUCAGAGCAGCCUCAGUGUACUCAGGAGUGUUCACACAGAUCUUUAAAGAGAAGAGAGGACUGUACCGGGACAAGGUGUUCUGCUUCAUCCAUCUGAGUGUUCAGGAGUUUCUGGCUGCUCUUCAUGUCCAUCUGACCUUCAUCAACUCUGGAGUCAAUCUGCUGGAAAAACAACAACCAACCUCCCAGAAGUCUUUCUUUUUUAAAAAGAAAAGUAGUAUAAAGUAUCUCCACCAGAGUGCUGUGAACAAGGCCUUACAGAGUCCAAAUGGACACCUGGACUUGUUCCUCCGUUUCCUUCUGGGUCUUUCAUUGCAGACCAAUCAGGCUCUCCUACGAGGUCUGCUGACACAGACAGGAAGUAUCUCACAGACCAGUCAUGAAACAGUCGAGUACAUCAAGAAGAAGCUCAGUGAGAAUCUGUCUGCAGAGAAAAGCAUCAAUCUGUUCCACUGUCUGAAUGAACUGAACGAUUAUUCGCUAGUGAAGGAGAUCCAACAGUUCUUGAGUUCAGGAAGUCUCUCCACAGAUAAACUGUCUCCUGCUCAGUGGUCAGCUAUGGUCUUCAUCUUACUGUCAUCAGAAAAAGAUCUGGAUGUGUUUGACCUGAAGAAAUACUCUGUUUCAGAGGAGGCUUUUCUGAGGCUGCUGCCAGUGGUCAAAACUUCCAACAAAGCUCUACUGAGUGGCUGUAACCUCUCAAAGAAAAGCUGUGAAGCUCUGUCCUCAAUUCUCAACUCCCAGUCCUCUAGUCUGAAAGAGUUGGACCUAAGUAACAACGACCUGCAGGAUUCAAGAGUGAAGUUUCCAUACUCUAAACUGACAACUCUCCGACUGAGUCACUGUAACCUUGCAGAGACAGCCUGUGAAGCUCUGUCAUCAGUUCUUAGCAUGCGGUUCUCUAGUUUGAGAGAGCUGGACCUGAGUAACAACAACGUGAAGGAUUUGGGAUUGAAGCUUCUGUCUGUUGGUCUGGAGAGUCCAUACUGCAAACUUGAAACUCUCAGGGUGGAGCCUGCUGGAGUCCGAUGGUUGAGACCAGGUCUGAGGAAGUAUUCCUGUCAACUCACAAUAGAUACAAACACAGUACACACAAACCUCAAACUGUCUGACAACAAAAGAAAGGUGACACAUGUGGAGGAGGUUCAUUUAUAUCCUGAUCAUCCAGACAGAUUUGAUGUUCAUCCUCAGCUGCUGUGUAGAAAUGGCCUGACUGGCCGCUGUUACUGGGAGGUUGAGUGGAAAGGAGAUGUUGACAUAUCAGUGACUUAUAGAAAAAUCCGAAGGAAAAGUGGCAGUGAUAACUGUUCAUUUGGGUGGAAUGAUCAAUCCUGGAGUCUCAGCUGCUCCGAUGAUGGUUACUCUGUCUGUGCCGAGGAGGAUGCCUACACAAGUGGUGACAGGGCCCUGUACAAGCAGGCCAGGAACACACUGACCGGGGUGAAAGCAGCUGAAAGGAUCUACUCCCAGAAGCUGAAAGAACAGCUCUCAGCCAACAACCCUGCAAACAGAAGUCCAGGAAAGCCCCCGGACCAGACGGUGUUUCACCCUCCUGCCUCAAAACCUGUGCUGAACAGCUGGCUCCCAUCUUUACUCGCAUCUUCAAAAGAUCCCUGGAGUUGUGUGAAAUUCCCUCCUCCUUCAAACACUCCACCAUCAUCCCGGUCCCCCAAGAAACCCACCAUUACAGGACUGAAUGACUACAGACCUGUCGCCUUGACGUCUGUGGUCAUGAAAUCCUUCAAACGACUGGUGUUAGCCCAUCUGAAGGACAUUACAGGCCACCAGUUGGACCCUCUGCAGUUUGCCUACCUGGCAAACAGGUCGGUAGAUGAUGCAGUGAACAUGGGGCUGCAUUACAUCCUGCAACACCUCAACCACCUGGGAACCUAUGCCAGGGUCCUGUUUGUGGACUUUAGUUCAGCUUUGAACACCAUCGUGCCUGAACAUCUCUCCUCCAAACUCUCCCAGCUCAGCGUGUCACCAGCUAUCUGUCAGUGGAUCACCAGCUUCCUGACAGACAGGAAGCAGCAA